AUGGCUCACCACUCAAUGCAUUCGAAUGUAAACGAACCACAGCAGGCUCACAGCGAUAACAACAUUCUUCCUCAUUCCAGCUCUCCCUCGUCUACGUCAAUUAACCUUCCUUCCCCACGUACCAGCAGUGCCACAGACAGCAAUGACACAAUCACUCACACCAGCAGUAACACCCAUGGUGACACCCAUAACGCCAACCACACCGACAACAACAACGACCAGAACGACAAGGAAUGGGACUUCAAAAUGGCAACACUCUUCUCCAUCUUCGAAUCAACCCCCGGCGACGUCCUCUGCGAGGCCCUCAAAACCUCCAGCGGCGAGCUCGAUCAAGCUAUCCCCUGGAUCCUCAGUCAUAACUCCAGCAGUGUCCAAGACACCGACAGCAACUCGAACACGCUGUCCACCUCCAAAUCGACUCCUUUUUCAUCCUCGCUAUCAACACCAGCAAGGAAGAAGCAGAAGCUGAUCCAGCCCCGCUUAUCGGCCUUCAUGCCAACGCCGUCUUCGUUGUCCGUUUUCAAACCAGGGAUUAGCCCCGCUCCUAGUCAUCAGCAUAACAGUAGCAGUAGCACCAACAAUAACAACUCUGUCGAUGCGCCUUCAUCAUCCAACGAGACUACUUUUCCCUCACUCCCAUCGCUCAACGAUCGACUCCGCUGGAAAGAACCUCCCCUCACCUUCGACCCCACCGCCAACUCUAUCGACACAACCCCCUCUUCUUCAACACCCGCUGUAAAACUCAAACCACCCAAACCCUUAAUCCUCUACAGCCCUGAAGACGUCGCCAAACAGUGCCCCUGCACCCUCAUCUUCAACGUCCUCGACAAGGACCUCGCCAACCGGCUCCUCAAAGCCAUGCUCAUCGACUCUGAAACCUGGAAUAGAAACCGUUGGUGGCUCUUCGAAAGGAUGGUCGAGUCCCCUCACAAGACUUCUUAUUUUGCGGAACGGGAUGAUGAUAUGGAGGAGGUUGCCGGGUGGACGUAUAAUGGCAAGAAACAGGAUCCACCGAGACGGUUUUUGCCUGAAAUGGAGGAGGCCAAGUUGGUUGUGAGGCGGAUUGUCAAUGAGCUGCGCAAGGAGAGGGACAUCCACCCAUAUGAAGUUCAAGGAGAUUGGAACUGCAAUGUCGCCGCAGUGAACCACUACGCACACUCUAAAGAAUCCGUCGGCUUCCAUGCCGACAAACUGACUUACCUCGGUCCCCGCCCAACAAUCGGAUCCCUCACACUAGGCGUCACUCGCUUCUUCCGGAUACGGAAAGUCAUCCCGGAUGCUACACACCCCGAUACUGCCGGGCAACUGAUUAGUUUCUCACCCCAGGAAACCCCCGUCUGUAAAUGUGGUGUCGCCAUGGUUCUGCGCUGCGUCUUCAAGAACAAGGCCAACUAUGGUCGCUACUUUUAUAUGUGUUAUGCGGCUGGGUCGAAGAUGGGCCAGACCUGUGGACAGUUCAAUUGGGUUGAUAUGGAAGAGAAGCUUGGCCUUUUGUCGCCUCCUGGCGCUGGUGGUAGUGGUGAUGCAGGUGCAGAUGAUCAGGGAACGGUAUCCAAGAACGUACAACGGGAAGAACAGCAGCAAGAGAUUUCAGCAACAAACGCCUUCAUCAAUACCGUAUCCGAAUCUAAAGGAAGAUCCUCCAAACACCCCAGGUCCCCGAAUCAAGACCAUCUUCUUGAACAGGUCGACGCUGAUCAAGAGAGCGACUUGAACCUCGCCGAGGAGCUACAAGAAGACGACAUGGCAUUAUUGGAACAGCAAUGGGAGGCUAUCGAAGAAGCAGAUGACCCAAUAUUAGAGUAA